GCAUGGUCUACCGGAUGCAGUAGCGACCUGUGUCGCUGCAGUGUUGCGCUUUCCUGUUUACGGGCGGGAAGAGCGAACGUAGCUGACUGUGGAAGCUGCUGGAUUUAAAUUGGCAGCACAUUUCUUUGAACUGUCCUCGAUGCCGGUGGUUUACACGUUUUAACGAUACAUGGGGCAUUGCGAGGUCUAGGGGAUACGUUUUAAGUGGACCGUUUCUGUAAACUAACGGGAUUUUUGGAGAGUGUAGGGCAGAUGGAGGAUCCUCCUGCAGAUUCUGGCGGUGGUGCAGCAUCGGAGGGCCCCGUGGUGCAGGUGGCAGAUAUCUGCUGGCCGACUGGGGCGCUCCCUCUACGGCUGCUAGAAUGGAAAGUUAAACCGGGAUCUCUUGUUAACGUGGACUCCGUACUAGCACUGUGUGCUCCCGUACCUCAGGAGAAAGAAGCAGAGGCUGCCAGGCUGCCAGAGAAGAAGGUGAAAUCGGACCGUGCUGGAGUGGUCAAGGAGCUAUGCUGUCAACUUGGACAAGUCAUACCUCCCGGGGGAGUCAUCAUCAGAAUAGAAGAAUGCAGCCAUCCAAUCGUGAUGAAGGGUUUAUGUGCUGAAUGUGGCCAGGACCUGACUCAGCUGCAGAGCACAAAUGGGAACCAGCAAACUCCCAUCUCCACAGCAACAGUCUCCAUGGUGCACAGUGUCCCCGAGCUGAUGGUCAGCUCCGAGCAAGCAGAACAGCUAGGCAGAGAAGACCAGCAGAGACUCCACCGGAACAAAAAGCUGGUCCUGAUGGUGGAUCUGGACCAGACACUGAUCCACACCACUGAACAGCACUGCCAGCGUAUGUCCAAUAAGGGUAUUUUCCACUUCCAGCUGGGGCGAGGAGAGCCUAUGCUGCACACACGGCUACGCCCACACUGUAAAGAGUUCCUAGAGAAAAUUGCAAAACUCUAUGAAUUACACGUCUUCACAUUCGGGAGCCGCCUUUACGCGCACACCAUAGCAGGCUUUCUGGAUCCCGAAAAGAAGCUUUUCUCUCAUCGGAUCCUUUCUAGAGACGAAUGCAUUGAUCCUUUCUCCAAGACGGGGAAUCUUAGGAAUCUCUUCCCCUGUGGUGACUCGAUGGUCUGCAUUAUCGAUGACCGAGAGGACGUGUGGAAGUUUGCGCCCAACCUCAUCACUGUGAAGAAAUACAUCUACUUUCAGGGCACGGGAGACAUCAACGCUCCUCCUGGAUCGCGGGAAGCUCAGAUGGAAAGAAAAGCUAAUGGGGCAGCUGUGGCUCAGGAGGUAGAGCAGCUCGUCUGUUCAUCGGAAGGAGGCCCGUCAAGUGGAUCAGCAGAAAGCACAGAACCAGUAGGGACACCUGGUGUCGACGAGCAAAACAAUGGCCCCAAGAAAAGGGCAAAAGACCUCAACAUUUCUGGAAAGGAAGAGUCCACAACAUCUCAGUCUUCUCAGGGAGUACCAACAAAUGAACGGACACAUCCCACCGGGGUUGUGGAGGAUGCAUCAGGACAGGGUAAAGGGCCAGAGACUGAGUCAGAGUCAGUGGGGUUGAGGGAAACUCAGGUGGGUGACAGAACAAAUGAUAAGGAAGAUGAUAGCAACAGGACACUGGUGACACGAGAGGCACAGGACAGUGCAAACUCAUCAGCACCAAGUCAUGAGUCCAAUAAUUUGGACUUUGACCUUUCCAGUGACAGUGACAAUGACUCCAUUUCAGAAAAACCUCCCUCUUCAGAGAGUGAUAGUGAAGGCAAGUCUUGCCAGGCAAUGAAUUCUGAGCAGGAAGGAAUCACACAAGAGUGUGGUGAUGGGGAUAGGGUCAGGAAAGGGAACAAUAAAGGUCCAAGUGAUGGAGAAACCAGCUGUGAUGCAACAGAAACUUCAGGAGUUGUUCUUCCAGACCCCGAGCUGGGAAAUGGCUGCUCAGAUAGGAGAGAGCCAGAAACAGAGUCCCAGAAUAGUGAACAAUCUGGGGUCACCAUGGGGGAAGAGCUGCUGGACCAGAGUAUGGAGGAUGAGGAGGAGGAAGAAGAAGAAGCUGAUAAUGACGAGGACGAUCACUUGAUCUACCUGGAGGAAGUGCUGGAAAGGAUCCACGCAGAGUACUACACACGAUAUGAGGCCUACCUGAGGAAGGAGGCUUCUGAAAUGCCGGACAUCCGCAAGAUUGUCCCGGAGCUGAAAAGCAAGACACUGGAGGGUACGACGAUAGUGUUCAGUGGCCUGUACCCAACCAACUACCCCAUGGAGAGGACCCGUGAGUUCUACCAUGCCAAAGCACUGGGAGCCAAGAUUGGCAAGGGUCUGCUUCUUAGCUUGAAAGAUCCCAAUCGGACAACGCAUCUCAUUGCUGCCCGAGCUGGCACUGAGAAGGUUCGUCAGGCACAAGGCUGCAAGCACCUUCAUGUUGUCAACCCCGACUGGCUGUGGAGUAGUCUGGAGCGCUGGGAGAGGGUGGAGGAGCAGCUGUACCCACUGAAGGAGGACUACUCAAGGACGCCGAGGAGCAACAGUCCGGCAGCAUUCCUUGACAAUCUGGGCUCGGUGCAAAAACACAUUUUCCACCCAGCUGCCAUCCACCACAAACCUCCACCUCCAGCGCCUGAGGUUCGAACCUACGACCCCAUCACAGGGAAGCUGAUCCGCAGGGGCCCUCAGGUGUCAAGGCCCCUGCCCUACAUCCAGGCAUCAGGGUCUUUGUUGCUCUCUGAUCAAAGAGAGCAGUCUGGUCUCAGGGGAAUUUCGAAGAGUCGGCAAGAUGACUCGACAGGGCCCAGCCAAGAUGAUGAGCAGCCGGGACCAUCCCGUCGGAAAAGACAGCCGAGCAUGUCAGAGACGAUGCCUCUGUACACGCUUUGCAAGGAGGAUCUAGAGAGCAUGGACAAGGAGGUGGACGACAUCUUAGGCGAGGAGAGCGACAAUGAAAGUGAGGGCCGAGGGAAGGAGAAGCCAGGUAAUGAGGAGGUGGAGGAAGAAGAGGAGCAGCAGCAGCAGCAGCAGCAGCCAGGAGCUGGACAGAUAGCAAAAGAGGGGCCAGGUCCUCAGGCACUGGGCGUGGAAGAGAGGAUCCAGACAGCGUCCAGUGAGGCCAGUCUUCUGGGUAGUGUGCCAAGGGGCCACAAACGUAAGCAUGAUGAAGCCAAGGACGAGGAGGAGGAUGACGACGACGAGGAGAAAGAGGAGGAGGCAGAGGAAUCUGCCGACGAGUCUUCAAAAGACUCCAAUGAGGAAGAAGGUGGCAGCAGUUCAGAGGCAGACGAGAUGGCCGCUGCCUUGGAGGCAGAGCUCAAUGACUUCAUGUGACAUGGAAAAUGAAGGACUCACUCAGCCCCCGUCGCACCUACAAGUGGUACCUACAAAUCUUAUUUUUCUGCUUUGGAAUUCAUGUGUGCUUAGGAUGUAUGAGCCAUGAGUGUGUGCGGUAAUAAAAAUGAAUGUCCUGUACAGAGAUGACUUGUAAAUAAAGGCUUAGAUUUUUUUUUUUUUUUUUUUUGUAGCAUUGACAUAUGGCCUUUUUGGCAUAAAACACUUUGAUGUUAAUGUUUUACUGUAAGAUAAAAAAAAAAACACAGGAGACGUGAAAUUUGAUACCUUUUUUGUUUUAUUUUUUUCUAUUUCAAUUUUUAUAUUGAUGAGAAAAAGAUAAAUGAUAUUAUAAACAUUUUGCUGGUCGUACAAGCCAAAGAGUUUGGAAUAAGUUUGCCAAGGUGUGCAGCUAAAUAUUUUACUCUGAACUUCCAGUUUUACUUUUCUUUUGGCCUCAGUACUUUUUUAGGGUCGUAAAUGCAACCAGCGGAUCUAGACAUUUGAAUGUGUUUUCUUACGUCAUUUCUUCCUCAUGGUGUUUGUACUUUUGAUAACAUACUGGUAAAGUCAGCUACUCAGUCUUUGUGAUAACCUGCCCCAUAGUGUUCUGCCACUGUGAACCAGAUUCAACCAAACUCCCAGUUAAUGUUCAUUUUUUAUGUGUUUCAUAAAUGUUAGCUCAACUUUCCCUUGUCAACCCUCCUCUAUUAUCAGUAUUGUUCAGAAGGACUGGCACUCCCACCAGGCCUCUGCUUAUGUACACUGGAGCUUAUUGUGAAGCCCUGUUGCCUCAAAGGUUAAGUUCACCUGUAUUUUCCCUUUAUUGUUAUUUAACUAUCCAGGUAUAUGUCAUCAGUGAAUCUUCUACAGAUUCUUUCGGGAUCAACAUUUUGCAAGAUCUGUUAAUUAACAACAUCUCAACAGCAUGAGCAGCUUGGUGCUCCCCCUGAUGGCUCCUCACUAGAUCAAGUUGAGAACUGUCUCCUUCCAAACUGUCGCAAAUUAGCCACAUGUAUAUAAUUUCAUUUGAAGCAGAAGGCCUUGGAAAGUCAGAUGUAAAUUCUGGAAGCUGUAGAUGGGCAUUAAAACCAAAACAGCGCAGUGGAUUUAUGAUAAAAACAUUUCUACUCAGAGCACUCAUUACAGUACUUUUUUUUUCCUUUUGUAGCAGAUACCAUGAGAUUAACAGAAAUGCAGUGUUCUCACUCCGUAUGUAAUCUACCAGCAGUGGGUAUAUGCACAUAGUUGAUGAUAGGCCAACUAACAUAUUGAUUCUGCAGAGAGAUGUGUUUUACUUCUCUUGUAUUGAUGUGGCAGCAGAAAUCUUAAAAAAGAUAAGAAAAGAAAUAAGUGCAUGUUAGAUAACUCUAGAGGUAAGGGGUAAGUUGGGUAAACAAACCAUUUAAACCUACGUGACACAAGAUGUUUAUUCGUUAUAAAAAUGUAUAAUAUAAAUAAGGCCAAAUAACUUUUCUUCUCUGUUCCAAAUGAAAAAUGAUCUAUCCAAACCCAACAGCAGUGAACAAAGAGAGCCGGACUCAGCAGCAGCUAAUUCUUUGCUGUUGCGUGAUUUGUACUCGACUGGUUGAUGAAUACGACCGCGCCGCGUGCACUUUACUGACAUCACAUACUGAAAAUCCAGUGCUUCAAUCUCACAGUCUUUUCAAACCAAGCUCAUGAAAAGUUGCCUAGCGUGACUCUAAUGGAGCCAUACGUGUUGUAUCAAGGUUGCUUACGUUCACUGCAAAUGUUUGGCGUCUGACGAGAGUCAAAGCCACAGCGUCGAGUCUGUUUUUGUCUCAUUCAAAAGAGUUCUAAAUAGUGACACAUUUUUUCUUCUUCUGCAUUUAGAUUAUAGAAAUAAACCAAAAAAAACCUGCUCUGAGGCAGGAGAGCAGUUAGCUGAUGAAUCUCUGCUCAGUGAAUGGUUUCCCCUCGCCUUCGCCUGCUACACCCAACUGAACUACGCCCUUUUACAGUGGCUGUUGUCCCAUUUUGUUUUGUUUGUGUCUGUGGUUGUUUCAUCACGAGUUUUAAACUGACAUGUAAAGUAUUUGUAAAGUCUAUUUCCUACUUGACCCUGAGAGAAAAGAUACUUUCAUUAAAUAAAGAUUUUUCUUAUAAGUAA